AUGAGUUGCCAACCUUUUAGUUCAGCUGAUAGCUUUGUACCUCUGAAUUCUGAAUCUUCUGCCACUCUGCCUCUGAUAAUGCAUCACAGUGUUGCUGAAUGCCUGCCAGCCUCCAACCAUGCUACGAAUGUGGUGUCAACAGUCCCGUCUAUUUUGUCUUUGAUCCAAACUCCUAAAUUUUCGCACAUGCAUUUCUCCAUGACAACUUUUGGAAACACAUCAGCAAGCCUUCAUUAUUCCGUUCCUUCCUGCCAUUAUGGAAACCAACAGUCUACCUAUGGGGUGAUGACAGGUAGCUUAACCCCUUGCCUUUAUAAGUUUCCUGACCACGCCUUAAGUCAUGGUUUUCCUCCCAUGCAUCAGCCUCUUCUGGGAGAUGACCCUACAGCCAUUGACUUUAAGCAAGAAUUCCAUCGAAAAAGCAAAUCUGUUGAAGAACCAACUGACAUGGAUUCUCCUGAAAUCCAAGAACUAGAAAAGUUUGCCAAUGAAUUCAAAUUGAGAAGAAUUAAAUUAGGCUACACCCAGACAAAUGUUGGGGAGGCCCUGGCUGCAGUGCAUGGCUCUGAAUUCAGUCAAACAACUAUUUGCCGAUUUGAAAACCUGCAGCUCAGUUUUAAAAAUGCUUGCAAACUAAAAUCAAUAUUAUCCAAAUGGUUGGAUGAAGCUGAGCAAGUAGGAGCUUUAUACAAUGAUAAAGUGGGGGCAAACGAACGGAAAAGGAAAAGGCGAACGACCAUAAGCAUUGCUGCUAAGGAGGCUCUUGAAAGAUAUUUUGGAGGACAAAGUAAACCCUCUUCUCAGGAGAUUAUGCGGAUGGCUGAGGGCCUGAAUCUGGAGAAAGAAGUAGUGAGAGUUUGGUUUUGCAACAGAAGACAGAGAGAAAAAAGAGUGAAAACAAGUUUACACCAGAAUUCAUUUCCCUCUAUUGUUAAGUAGUAUCAGGAGUACAGAUGAGAUGUG